UGGAAAUGGUAGCUCUCCUGUGUACAUGCAUGACAUCGCAACUAAAGACCUAACAUCUAACUACUCCAAAAGGGCUUUUUCUCGGGAGCGGCCGAUCCCUUGCCUCCGCUGGACCUGGUGGUGCAGUUCUGGGCUAUAUCCUCAUGGGCACUGUUAUCUCAUCAGUCGUCUCUUGUUUGGGUGAAAUGACUGCAUUAAUGCCAGUCAAUGCCCCAAUUAUGGAGUUUCCUCGGCGCUUCUUAGAUCGUGGUGUUGGCUUUGCAGUGGGUUGGAUCUACUGGUUCGCCUAUGCUGUCCUUGCGGCUGACCAGCUAGUCGCCGUCGCAAAUACUAUUCGUUUUAAAUAUAUCGAUGACAAUGGAACGCAUCUGGAAUGGGUAACUGGAGGGAGUGUUCAUGCUGCGGUGUGGGUGUCUGUCGUUCUAAUAACUGUAACGCUGAUCAAUACGUUACCCGUCAAGUACUAUGGUCAACUCGAAUACGUUUUCGGUUGCAUAAAACUUUCUUUUCUUGUUUUGGUUAUCUUAAUGAUGGUUAUUCUGGACACAAUGCAGCCCUUGGACAACAGAUACCAUAGCACCCCCGUUGGAACUCAAUACUGGGACUCACCAUACUCCUUUUUUGCGCCGAGGUAUACGGUUAGGGGUCACAUGAGUGGUGAAGUUCAGCGAGAGAUCAGAGGUUCAGUUGGCGCGUUCCUUGGGAUGUGGACAACCUUCACCAACAUAAUUUUCUCGUAUGUAGGCAUGGACAUGGCUGCUGCCACCGCGGCAGAAAGUAAAGCUUUGUCCAAUGCCGAGAGUAUGAAGAUGGCGUCGCGCAAGGUCUCAAUCCGAGUUGUCACUUUGUACACUCUCUGCAUGCUGACGGCUUCAUUUCUGGUCCCAUAUGAUCAUCCAUUCCUUAACGGGGGCGGCCAAUCUGAGAGCUCACACUCGAUCUUUUUGAUCGCUGUAGUCCAAGGAGGACUCCCGGCCGCCGCCCACUUUUUCAAUGCAAUCUACAUGUUUUCUGCGUUCGCCUCUGGGAUCAACACGAUGUACGUCUCUUCGAGAGUCUUGCAUACUUUGGCGCUGCGCGACCAAACGGGACCAGAGUUUAUCACCAGAAGGUUACGUCAGUGUCACAACGGUGUGCCAUUGAGGGCAGUACUAGUGACUGGUGCAUUAAUGUGUCUUGGGUAUUUAGGGACUGGAUCUUCAGGCCAGAGACUGAGCGAACUCGCGACGAAUUGCACAGUGUCAUGUUUGAUUGUGUACACUGUCGUCUGUGCUACUUAUCUCGGCUUCUUUAAAACAUUACAUGACGUUAAGCUUUAUGGGAAUACAUCCGAAGCUCAAGCUGCCUGUUACGAUCGUAACCACCCUCAGUAUCCCUAUAAAUCCCAUGGGCAAUGGCUAAAAGCUUGUUACGGCUUGGUUGCUUGUACACUUUUGGUUAUAUUUAACGGAGUGCCCUCUUUCCUCCAAGACCCGUUCGAUAUACGCGGGUUUUUUGCGUCAUACAUUGGAGUUCCUGUAUUUUUCUUGCUUAUUGUAGGCUACAAAUUAUCUAAGCAUGGACUCAACUUUUCGCAAUGGGGCCCUGAAAGGUCCAACGAUCUUCGCAAUUGUGUUCAAGUGACGAGCGAGAAGAGGAAAGGAAAAUUACAAUUCCCAGACGAAGGGCUUACCAAAGGUAAUAUCCAGGAGUUCAUCCAAUGGAUCUGGGUAUGGACAAAGUAAAAAGCACAGUUUUUCUACUACAAUCUCGACUGAAUCAUUACUCAAUAAACAGCGAGUUCAUUGAAAUUUUACGGCUCGGCGCAUGGGUGGAUAUACCAAACUUUGAUUUUUUUCGCUUGCAAUAUCUAGGGAAUGCAUGUAUAUAAUUUUUGUUUAUUAACCACCUCGGAGAUUUAACUAUCAUUGUUUAUAUGUG